CGGAAGCAAGAGCGAGAGAGAGCGAUUUGACGAUGGAGGAUUCAGGUGCGAUUCUAUGUCAGAUCUCCAUUUUCAAGGACAUGCUUGAUCAGGUCAAUCGGGAAAUUGAAGCAAACAUUCAGGUGACGAGAGAGAUCGAAUCACAGAUCGGAGCGUGUUCUGAGAUGGAAUCGUCUCUGUCUCUCAAGGAAGCUGAGCUUACUAAAUCGUUCCUUGCUUCUCAGUUCGAGAUCAGCGGUUUGAUCUCCGUUACAGCUGAUUCAAGAAACUCUCUGAAGCUAUUGGAAGAUGAGAUUUGUCGUUUGAGAAGUGAGCACAGUGAGAUCAUUACAAGGCUGACAGAGAAGCGGGAAGGGUUUGUGAAGAUGUGUAUUGGAUUCCAGAGUGACAUUGAAGACAGUGAAUUAAGGAGUUUACUUUCGGAGAGGGAGUUUCUCGAAAACGAAGUUCGGAUGUUGGAGGAGAAGAACAUGGAUGUGAAGAACUCGAUUUUGGCUUACAUGGAAGAUGAAAUGAGGAAUCUGUUGUCUGAUUAGUGUUUUAUGGUAUGAUGAAAAUAUCAGCCAUUGGAUUGGAGUGGAAUGUUAAGUAGUACGACUAGUCACUUGUUCUUUAACUAAAAGAACAAAAUAAAACAUUACUAGAUUAGAUUCUAAUGGAUUCACAAUCGGUUUAUUGAUUCGGGGUUCAGAUGUUGACAACCUCGGGUUAGUUAGUUCGACUUGGAAGUGGCUAAUGGUGGUUUUGCUCAGGUUAAGAACGUACAGCUUCUUUGAUAUCUUCGAGUCUUAAUCGUCCAAACCCAUUGAUGAUAUCUCUUUUUUGCUUA